UCAACAAUGACAAAGAAGAUACUGGAAUGGAAGCCUGCUUUAACUAAAGAAUUGGAUAAAAAUGGGUGGUCUCCCCUUCACUUUGCUGCAGAUGUGGGUUGUCAUCCAACAAUAGUGAGGCAAUUGCUAAAGAAAUCUAACACUUAUGUUGUCUAUCUAAGCGUCAAAGACCAUGAAAUUGGAAAUAGGACAACUCUUCACAUUGCUGCCAACCGUGGCCAUGUGGAAAUAGUGAAGCUGCUGGUGUCACACUUUCCAGAUUGCUACGAGAAAGUUGAUGAUGAGGGCAAUAAUGUUCUUCACUUGAUUAUGCCAGAAAUAAAAAUAUUUGUAACUUCGGGUUUGUCAAACAUUCGCUGGUUAAGGAUGAGAGGACUCAUGAAUGAGAAGAAUGUUGAAGGAAAGACACCCCUCCAUCUGUUUUACAGUUCCUUGUCUAAGGAUGACAACAAUAUCAUACCUCCAGAAACGAUCUUCAUGUGGAUAUUGGACACCUUAUUAAGAUUAGGGAUCCGGGAGCGAAGUUCCAGAGUUAGAAUGAGACCCUUAGGUUCGCCAGAGAUCAAGGAAGGCAGUGGAAGCAGCGAAAGCAAAGAAAGUGAAGAAAUAUAUGAAAUAAAGAGAACAAUUAAAAGCCAUAUGAUAGUGGCGGCACUCAAGGAUUGA